CUGUAUAUAUAAGUUAACCCUUGACCCCCAGCCCACAGCAGGAAAUCAGGGGCAGGAAAUUCGUCCCGUCAUUUUUCCUGGUACAGAAAAUCUCCUCAUCUGUUUGUUCCGUUCGGCGGGACGUCCUCAGUUCGCCCGAAGUCUGCUGAGGAACUUGCGCUCGAACAGACGACAGGAUGUUCGUCGCCAGGGCUACAGGGCCGGUCAGAGGUCAGCACAGAUUGAGACAUUGACCCUUGCUUGGACUGGCUGCACAGUUGACCUUUGGCCUGCGGCGAGGCAGGUGUGAUAAUGCGGGUAAAACAAUGGCUUCUGGCCGCAGUUCUGGCAACUGGAGUGCUACUGCUGUACUACAUGCACGCUGUGGGGGGGCCGGGGCACUCCGGACUGCAAACUAUGCUGGCAAGUUUGUUCCUAGCUGCAGAGGCGGAACCCUAUUCUGACACCUGUAUUCUCUUCAACAAAUCGCGGCUGCUUGCCGAGCUCGUCUCCCCGGUAACCACCCAGCAGCCAACCACAGCGCCCGUUGAUGUCCGGACCCUUGGGCAGGACUUGCUGUUACCAUGGCGACACAACAGAUCUGCCUCUCGACACCUCAUGGAUGAAAUCAACAACUGCACCAACACCCAGGCCGACGCUAUCCUCACCCGCACCAACACUCGCGUCGGGCAGAAGAUCCGCUACUACAUCCAGCACGAAAAAACUUUCCAGGCUAGCCGUGGCUUCUACAACACGCUACCCAGGGACUCGCCCCUCCCCGCGACGCCGUACCGGCGCUGUAGCGUGGUGGGGAACGGAGCCGUGCUGCUCGGCAGUGGGUGUGGUCAGGAGAUCGACAGGGCAGACUUCGUCUUCAGGAGUAACCUGCCACCCCUGACGGGAAACUUUACCCGAGACACCGGCCAGAAGGCAAACUGGACCACAGUCAACCCCAUCUCCCAGCUCAACUGGAG